AUGGUUUUACAAACCAAACCUCUGCUUGCGGAGCGAGCAAUUGGGAGACUUGCCUCGCAGCUGGCUAGCCAAUACCUCAAGCAUCGCAAAACGAUAUCCCGAGGCGUUUACCUGACUCUUUUUCUUGCACUCGUCAAACGCAUUCAUAAUUCAAUUUCGGAACAAAAAGCAUCACAGCAAGCGGAGAAGAGGGCGCGACCCGGGACGCGAAAGUUUGAUAAUGGUGAUGCGGAGGGCGCAGAUGCUUCACCGCGCAAGAAGAUCGGCCUAAAUAGGGAGUUUUUUAGAAACUUGGCGCGUCUGCUCAGAAUUGUGAUACCGGGAUGGAAGACCAAAGAGUUUAGGCUGUUACUAAGCCAUUCUAUCUUCCUUGUGCUUCGCACUUUACUGAGUUUGUAUGUGGCAGAGCUCGAUGGAAAGCUGGUCAGCAGCCUAGUCAGAGGGAGGGGACGGGAGUUCUUAUUAGGUUUGGUUUGGUGGAUGAUGGUGGCAGUCCCGGCCACAUUUACAAAUUCCAUGCUAUCGUAUCAUCAGUGCCAACUUGCACUUCAGUAUAGAAAGCGAUUGACCGAAUACGUCCACGAGGAGUAUCUAAAUAAGAUGACGUUCUAUACAAUAUCUGCCCUUGAUGACCGAAUAAAAAACCCGGACCAGCUUAUCACCGUUGAUAUAGCCCGGUUUUCCAACAGUCUUGCUGAAUUGUACUCUAAUCUCGCAAAACCUAUUCUUGACAUGGCAAUUUACAACUACUCGCUUUCAAAGAGUGUGGGUGGAGAGGGGCUAUUUCUCAUGUCACUACUCGUUCAAUUAUCCGCCAAUGUGAUGCGAGCUCUCACACCACCUUUUGGAAAGUACGUUGCAGAUGAGGCUAAAUUGGAAGGAGAAUUCCGCUUCCAGCACACAAGAUUGAUCGACUACAGCGAGGAAAUUGCCCUAUAUCAUGGCCACGAGUCCGAGAAAGAUACGUUGGACAAGGGAUACUUCACUUUGAUAAAACACGUUAACCGUAUCCUCCGAAGGAGACUGUACCAUGGGUUUAUGGAAGAUUUCGUUAUUAAAUAUUUUUGGGGUGCUUUAGGAUUGGUGCUUUGCAGCGUGCCUGUUUUCUUCAAGAUUCCCGGUCAAGUUUCCUCUACUAUGGGCGAUCGCACUGAGAGCUUUGUCGUCAAUCGACGCAUGUUGCUUUCAUCUUCCGAUGCAUUCGGACGUGUGAUGUUCUCUUACAAGGAGAUCUCUCAACUAGCUGGUUACACCUCACGAGUCACCUCUCUUCUUGAUGUUAUGGAUGAUAUCUCAGCUGGCAAAUUUGAAAAGAAACUCGUUUCUUCUGCGUCCACGGAGGGCCACGCAGCCGUCUUAAGCAAACGUGGAACAAUAUCCGAGAGCGAAUCCAUCGAAUUCACGGAUGUCCCGAUAAUUUCCCCUAAUGGUGACGUACUUAUUGAAAAGCUUUCAUUCACUGUGCACCCCGGUGAGCACCUUCUCAUUGUCGGCCCUAAUGGCUGCGGAAAAUCUUCUUUAUUCCGAAUUCUUGGUGGGUUAUGGCCUGUGUAUGGAGGAGUCGUGAAGAAACCAUCCUUUGAUGAAAUAUUUUAUAUACCACAACGCCCUUACUUAUCACGGGGCACUCUACGCCAGCAGGUACUUUACCCAGAUGGCGUAAAAGAAAUGCAUGAAAAAGGAGUUACAGACUCAGACCUCUACGACAUUUUAACUAUCCUUGAGAUCCCAUCUAUUGUCGAUAGACCGGGUGGCUGGGAUGCGGAAGAAGAGUGGCGCGACGUGCUUUCCGGUGGUCUCCAACAGCGAAUCGCCAUGGCCCGUUUGUUUUAUCAUAAACCAAAAUAUGCCAUUCUCGACGAGUGUACUUCUUCUGUUACUCUAGAAAUAGAGAAGGUGAUGUACGAAACUGCAAAGAAACUUGGAGUAACCUUGAUGACCGUUUCGCAUCGACGGAGUUUGUGGAAAUAUCAUAAGAAGAUUUUGCAGUUCGACGGACAAGGCCAUUAUGUUUUUACUGAUUUGGACUGGAAGAGAAGGUUGAAACUUGAAGACGAGAAGGAAGAGAUCGACCUGGAACUCCGUGCGGUUCCGGAAAUCGAGAAGAGAAUCGCCGAGCUUACUACAGCAUAA